GCAGGAGAGGCGGAGCUUCACAUCACCUCCUGCAUAAGAUCUGCUCCUCUGAACUCCUGGUGUUUGAUGAUGGAGCUGGUGCUGAUCGCAGCGUUUAUCUUCUCUGAUUUCUGUCUUGGCGUUGAAAUCCAGCAACCUUCCUCUGUUUUCGUCCGCGCCGGAGAGCCGUCGGUGACUCUGACCUGCAACCAGGACAACAGCCAGUUCUACUACAUGUUCUGGUACCGCCAGCGAGCCGGCACCAGCGGGAUGGAGCUGCUGGUGUACUCUGUGGGGGCGGGGACGGCGAGCGUUGAAGCUCCUUUCAACAGCUCCAAGUACAGCGCCACCCGGCCCACGGUGCUGGAGUCGUCCCUGCAGAUGCAGCCGGUGGAGGCCGCCGACGCCGCCGUGUACUUCUGCGCUUCCAGUCGAGCACAGUGUGUCAGAACGUCUGUGCAGCUGAACAACAACCUCAGAGGAGACGACAGACGAGGAGAUCUGAAGAAGAAGCUGCACUGUGACAAUGCCAACGAAGCCUACUUUGGGAGGGGGACCAAACUGACCGUUCUGGAUUUGGACCUGAGGUUGAAGCUCUGUGCCAAUGCUGAAGCUUACUUCGGCCCGGGAACCAAACUGACGGUUCUGGGCAGCAGCAGAAACGGGUUUGUGGGUUUUUGUCAGCGCGACUCGGCGGUGUGCUCAGGCAGCUAUGAGGCGUAUUUUGGAGAAGGAACCAGGCUGACGGUUCUCGAUCCAACUUUAAAAGUCACACCUCCAACAGUUCGAGUUCUUGAACCUUCAGAAAACGAGCACAAGAACCAGCAGAAGACCCUGGUUUGUGUGGCGUCUGACUUCUAUCCGGAUCAUGUCAGCGUCUCCUGGACGAUUAAUGAUGAGAGCGUCACUGAAGGUGUAGCGACAGACGGCGACGCCGUAAGGAACUCAAGCAAAGGGUUCUACAGAAUCACCAGCCGGCUGACGGUUCCCUCUAACACCUGGUUCUCAAAGAGCAAGUUCAGCUGCACCGUCAGCUUCUUCGAUGGAACCAAAACCACAGAUCAUCCUGAGACCAUCACCAGUAAAGAAAAAGCAAUCCCAUCUGGAACCGAGCUGAGCAGAGACAAAUAUCUGUGGAUCACUCAGAGCGCCAAGCUCUCCUACAUCAUCUUCAUCGCGAAGAGCUGCGUCUACGGAGUCUUCAUCUGGUUUGUGGCCUGGAAGCUGCAGAGUUCUCGUGAAAAACGUGGAAAAUGAAGUCUGACCUUCAAGAUGAUGAUCUUCCAGUGUUUAUGGUCUUUUAUUUACUGUAUUUUUUUAAUUGCAAACAUGAUUAAUGUAAUUCUAGAAUUACAUUAACUUUGCUAUCGGUUGAAAAGUUUUGUGUUUCUGCAUCACCAGCGACGCCUCAGUUGUUUUUAAUAAAAUGAUUUCAUUUGA